AUGCCCUCCAAGGGUGCAACCGGCUCGACGGGCGGUCAGGUCAGUCACCGCCUCCGCAGCUUCUUCCGCAUGAACAGCGGCCCCAGCGGCGCCGGCGACAAAGGAAAAGACAAGGACAGAGGCUUCGGCUCGAGCAAUGGCCCUCUCACCUCCGCCUCGUCGGCCGACGGCGACUCGAGGCCUUUCCGCCACACGAGGUUCUUCAGCAACACCGUCGGCCGGCUGCGUUCCCACACGGUGGCGAGCGAAGGCAACCAGCUCGACGAAGCCCUGAGCCCGACGGCGCUCGCGAACCCCUACUUUGCCCACCAGGGUCAGCCGGGGCUCCGGCACCACAACGACGGCUCCGUGCCCCCGAGCCCGCCCGACACGCCUCAGUUCAGCGUCUCGGACCCCGACGGCCCUCCGGGCGACCAGGCGACGAGCGAGACCAAGGAGGAGUUGGCCCGACGGCUGAGGAGAGUGGCUAGCGCCCCCAACGCCCAGGGUCUCUUCAACAGCGAGGCCGGCGGAAGCAGCCCCGGGCCUCAUGGCCUCCGCCCUUCGACGGCCGAGCUCGGCAAGGACCCCCUCGUGCACAAUGCCGAGUCGGGCGCCGUUGGCCUUGUGGAGAAGAGGGUCGCCGCCGCGGCGAAUCCGUCGACGACCCCCCCGGCCGACGACGUCCUGACCGCCCUCCCCGCUCCCCAUACGGCCUUGGCGUUCCGGAGAACCUACAGCUCCAACUCCAUCAAGGUCCGAAAUGUCGAGGUUGGACCCUCGAGCUUCGACAAGAUUAAGCUCAUCGGCAAGGGCGACGUCGGCAAGGUGUACCUGGUGAGGGAGAAGAAGAGCAGCCGGCUGUACGCCAUGAAGAUCUUGAGCAAGAAGGAAAUGAUCAAACGAAACAAGAUCAAGCGCGCGCUCGCCGAGCAGGAGAUUCUGGCGACGAGCAACCACCCCUUCAUCGUCACGCUAUACCACUCCUUCCAGUCGGAGGAGCACCUCUACCUCUGCAUGGAGUAUUGCAGCGGCGGGGAAUUCUUCCGCGCCCUGCAGACGCGUCCCGGCAAGUGCAUCGCCGAGGAGGACGCCCGAUUCUACGCCGCCGAGGUCACCGCCGCGCUCGAGUACCUGCACCUCAUGGGCUUCAUCUAUCGAGACCUCAAACCUGAAAACAUCUUGCUUCACCAGUCUGGCCACAUCAUGCUUUCCGACUUUGACUUGUCCAAGCAGUCGGACCCUGGCGGCAAGCCGACGAUGAUUGUCGGCAAGAACGGCGCCAGGACGGACGCCCUGCCCCAAGUCGACACCCGAUCCUGCAUCGCCAACUUCCGAACGAAUUCCUUCGUCGGCACCGAGGAGUACAUCGCCCCCGAGGUGAUCAAGGGCAGCGGACACACGAGCGCCGUGGAUUGGUGGACCCUGGGCAUCCUCAUCUAUGAGAUGCUGUACGGCACCACGCCCUUCAAGGGCAAGAACAGGAAUGCCACCUUUGCCAACAUCUUGCGCGAAGACAUUCCCUUCCCGGACCAUACCGGCGCGCCGCAGAUUUCCAAUCUCUGCAAGUCGCUCAUCCGAAAGCUCUUGAUCAAGGACGAGGCUCGCAGGCUGGGCGCCAGGGCCGGAGCGUCCGACAUCAAGGCCCAUCCCUUCUUCCGCACGACGCAGUGGGCCCUCAUCCGUCACAUGAAGCCCCCGAUUGUUCCCCAUGCCGGCCGGGGCAUCGACACGGUCAACUUCCGCAAUGUGAAGGAGAGUCAGAGCGUGGAUCUUGGGGGUGCCAAGCUCAAGAGCUCGCCCGUCGAAGGCGGACCGACGACGCCUGGAGCCGACGUCGAGGACCCUUUCAUCGACUUCAACAGCGUCACGCUCCACCACGACGGCGAUGACCACUUGCACCAUCGACACGUGAAUGGCCAGCAUAUCAGCGCUCCGUCGUAG